AUUCUAUUUGUGUUUGGCCUUCCUUUAAUUAAUUAAUGCUGUUUUUGUACCGCUUUUAUUGAUAUCUGAAGCUACACGUUUUUGAGGCAGCACCACAUCUGGGCUUGAUGUUUCAGGGCUGUGUAAACAUUCUGUCGGUCAAAGUUCAACUUUGACCAAGAGAAAAGCUAAAACAACUGGUUUUAGCCUUUCUGUGUUCAUGAAGAAGUCUUGCACUUUGGGCUGAAGAUGGUAACUAGAGCCUGCACCCUAAUCCUGAGAAGAGGGGUUUCAACCUAUCCUAGCAGGCUUUGCAAACAUGACAGUCUCUUCCAAGUCCACCCAUCUGUGUCACAGGCAUUGGCAGGAAAUAGACCUGUGGUGGCACUAGAGAGCACAAUUAUAACCCAUGGCAUGCCCUAUCCUCACAAUCUGAGCACAGCCAAAGAAGUAGAGGCCAUUAUACGGGCUGAAGGAGCAACACCCGCCACUGUUGGGGUCAUAGAGGGUAAAGUUCAUGUUGGUCUGUCUUCAGAGGAGCUAGAUUUCCUAUCUCAGUGCAAGACAUCGCUGAAAGUGUCACGAAGAGAUCUGGCCUAUGUCAUCAGCCAAGGGCUGUCUGGAGGGACAACUGUGUCAGCCACAAUGAUAGCAGCACAUCGAGCAGGCAUCCCAGUGUUUGUGACUGGGGGAAUAGGAGGAGUCCACAGAGAUGGAGAAAACAGUCUAGACAUUAGUGCAGAUUUGACAGAGUUGGGCAGAAUCCCUAUUGCUGUGGUCUCUGCUGGCAUCAAGUCCAUCUUGGACAUUGGCCGAACCCUUGAAUUUCUUGAGACUCAGGGAGUAUGUGUUGCCACAUAUGGAUCAUCUAAAAAUUUCCCAGCUUUCUUUUCUCCCCAAAGUGGUUUUAGUUCUCCGCACCAAGUCUGCAACCCAAAGGAGGCUGCAGCACUUAUAGCCAGUGCUCUGUCUCUGGGUCUUCAAAGUGGGAUCCUAUUUGCUGUGCCCAUCCCAGCGGAGCAAGCUGCAGCAGGACAGGAGAUAGAAGAGGCAAUACAAGCCGCCGUGAAGGAGGCAAGUGAUAAAUGUGUCACAGGAAGAGAUGUGACGCCAUUUAUUUUGCAGAAAGUUAAUGAACUGACAAAAGGAAAGUCCCUACAGGCCAACAUUGCUCUCAUUCAUAACAAUGCUAAAGUUGGCAGUCAGAUAGCAUGUGCACUGUCAAAAAGACAAAAUGAGAAGUCAAUAACCACAACUAGGCAGAAUGGAAACUUGAACAAAGGAUCGGAUAUUGUUGUAAUUGGGGGCAUAAAUGUGGAUUUUAUUGCUAAAGGAAAAACAAACACAUUGCUUUCUGGGCAAACUAACCCAGGAAGUGUCUGCCAGUCAUUUGGUGGUGUUGGGCGAAACAUUGCUGAUGCAUUAAGUCGGUUAGGCCACAAUCCUCUGUUCAUCUCAGCUACUGGAAGUGAUUUCCACAGUGAAGCUGUCUUCAGUUACUGCAAACAUAUGAACACCAGUGGUGUGGUACAGUUAAAGAAGAAGAGCACAGCCACAUACUGUGCUGUUAUCACUGCGAGUGGAGAGCUGAGCCUUGGACUGGGGGACAUGGACAUUCACCAACAAAUAACUGAGCAAUACGUGUCACAGUUUGAAGAUCAGCUCUCUGGUUCCACUCUCGUGUGUCUUGAUGGAAACCUGCCAGUCACAACUAUAAACUAUGUUUGUUCUUUAGUUGAAAAGCAUAAUAUUAAUGUGUGGUAUGAGCCAACAGACUCAGAUAAGGCAAGCAAACCCUUUCUCUCUGAGGCUUGGAAAUCACUGUGCUACGCCUCUCCAAACUUCUCAGAGCUGUGCACCAUGAAUAAAACUUUGGGCUUCCCAGUACCUCAAGCACUGCCAGACACUCUUGAUGAAAUGUUGGAUGUUGCAAUGGCUCUCUCACGCCCCCUUCUGGAGCAUUUUCACUGUCUGGUAGUGACCCUGGGAGCUUGUGGGGUUCUAAUAUGUGGUGAAAAUAAAGCUGGGUCCAUUUACCUACAGCCAAGAAAAUGGAAAACUAAAAGACAGCUGGGGGCACUGUUCUAUCCUGCUCUGAAAGUGACAGCUGAGGAGACUGUGAAUGUCUCAGGAGCGGGAGAUAGCUUUGCAGGUGCACUGAUUGCAGGGAUACUUCAGGGCAGAGAUACAGACAGUUGUGUCCGAAUGGGGCUUUUGGCUGCACGACUAUCAUUAGCAUCAGCACACCCCAUUUCCCCCUUUUUGACUAGUGAUGCCAUAGAUCCCAAUAAACACCUGAAUUGGACCAGGCCAACUUUUAUAAAAAUUAAUUAAUAUGUUUUUGUUCUACAGCCUUUAUGCUGUAUGUAACUUCUUUUAGUGGCCAAUAGCAUAUGCAUGUGCAAUGUACUUACUUGUCAAUAAAAUGUAUGAAUUCAUU